AUGUUUCGUAAUAAAUAUCAAAAAGGACCUUUAUCUAUUUUAUACAGUUGUGGAAAAUCGCCACUCGAACUGUGGGAUAUGCAUGUAAGAAAUGGAUUUAUCAGAAGAGUUAUGGAUAACGAAAUAAAUUCACUGGUAUUAGAAAUCGCAGGGACAAAUGUAUCAACUGCGUAUAUAUUUACUCCAAAAAAUCAAUCAGCCUCUUUAGGAAUAACGCUUCCAUUUAUUGUAAUAAUUAUGAAGAAUAUGAAAAAAUAUUUUACAAUGGAAAUAACAAUUUUAGAUGAAGAUGGCAUGCACAGAAGAUUAAAACUGAGUAAUUUUCAAAGUAAAACCAAAAUAAGACCAUUUAGCACGACAAUGCCAAUGGGAUUAGGGUGUGGGUGGAAUCAAAUUCAACUAAAUAUUGUUGAAUUAGUGAGGAUAGCCUACGGGACAAUUUACAAAGAAACAACGAGAAUGCAAAUCCAUGCCAAUUGUAGAAUUCGUCGUAUAUAUUUUGCUGAUAGAUUGUAUAUGGAGGAUGAAUUGCCAGAGGAAUAUAGAAUAUCUUUUGUGAAGGGGAAGCCAAUGAAUAAAGAAGACAAAAAGGAACGUGGGAGCAUAAAUUCAAGGACUUCAGUAAAUCGAUCGUCGAAUCUGUCACAAGCUUCUCAGGAAGGGUCUUCGUUUAUUGGGUCAAAUGAAUCAAUGGAAGAAAACCCACGGUUGGAAAUUCGACUUCCUGUUACGGAGUAUGACGAAGAUAUGAGCGAGCAAACUAAUCAGGAUGAGGAAAUUAAUGAAGAAUUAACGGAGACGGAAUUAAGUGAAGCUGGGUUUGAAGAUAAAAUAGAGGAAGUAGAAAUGGAUAAAGAUGAAAUUGAAGAAGUAUUAGAUCAAGGGAAAAAAGAAACUGAUCAGGCGGAAGUGGAUCAAGAGAAAGAAGAAACUGAUCAGGUCGAAGUGAAUCAAAAAUUAGAUCAAGAGAAAGAAGAAACUGAUCAGGUGGAAGUGGAUAAAAAAUUAGAAGAAAUAGAUCCGAGGAAAGAAAUGGAUCAAAGAUUAGAAGAAAUAGAUCCGAGUAAAGAAAUAGAUCAAAGAUUCGAAGAAAUAGAUCGAGAAGAAAAUAAAAUAGAUAAAGAAGAAACUGCCCGAAAAGAAAAUUUGAAUGAAGAGAAAGAUGAUUCAAAAGAAGAAAAGGAAGAGAUGAAUGAACAGAUGGAUGAAAAUAAAUCAAUGAGAAAAACAGAAUCAAGUGAAGAAGAAAAAAAAUCCGAUGAAGAAGAAGAGGAAGAAAAAAAACGAUCAAGUGAAUCAGAAAAUGAAAAUGAAUUUGAAAAGUUGGAUAAAAAUGAAUUAAAUAAAAAUUAUGAAUAUCAACAAACGUAUUAAUAAAAACUGAAGUUUAUAUUAUAAAUUUUAUUAUUUAUUCCUUAACAUUACAAAUAUAUAUAUAUAAGUAUUAUCUUUAAUAGAACAAAGAAUACUUUUAAAAAAUGUAACCAAACCCUGUUUAUGAUGUACAUUUUUUACAUUAUUUAUUUAAUUAUA